AUGUCUCCACCGCCGCUAUCACGAUUUACACCUUCACCACCACCACCACCACCACCACUGCAAACACCCCACCACGACGACAACAACUACAACACAGACAACCACGCAACAGACAACCACAACACAGACAACGAUAACAUAGACAAAUAUAACACAGACAAAUACAACACAGACAACUACAACACAGACAACUACAACACAGAAAACUACAACACAGACAACCAUAACAUAGACAACCAUAACAUAGACAACUACAACACAGAUAACUACAACACAGACAACCAUAACACAGACAACCAUAACAUAGACAACUACAACACAGACAACCACAACAUAGAUAACUACAACCCAGACAACCAUAGUACAGACAACCAUGACACAGAUAACUAUAACACACACAACUACAACACAGUUAACUACAACACAGAUAACUACAACACAGGCAACCACAACAAAACCAACUACAACCCAGUCAACUACAACACAGAGAAUUACAACACAGACAAUCACAGUACAGACAACUUCAACACAUACAGCAACAACACAGAAAACUACAACCCAGACAACUACAACACUGACAACCACAACACAGCCAACCACAACAUAGACAUAGACAACCACAAAACAGACAACCAUGACACAGCCAACCAUAACAUAGACAGCCAUAACAUAGACAACUACAACGCAGAUAACUACAACACAGACAAACACAUUACAGACAAUUACAACACAAACAACCACGCAACAGACAACGACAACACAGACAACUCCACCAUAGACAACUACAACGCAGAUAACUACAACAUAGACAAUUACAACACAGACAACGAUAACAUAGACAAAUACAACACAGACAACUCCACCAUAGACAACUACAACACAACUAAAACACAGACAACUACCAGACAACUACAACACAGCCAACCACAACAUAGAGUGCAUUUCUCCACUUUCUCCCAAAAUACCUACACCACAGACAAUCACACCACAGACACCCACGCAACAGACAACCACAGCAUAGACAACCAUAACAGAGACAACUACAACACGUACAACCACAACACAGAUAACUACAACAUAGACAACCAUAACAGAGACAACUACAACACGUACAACCACAACACAGAUAACUACAACACAGGCAACCACAACAAAACCAACUACAACACAGAUAACUACAACACAGACAACUACAACACAGACAACUACAACAUAGACAACCACAACACAGACAACCAUGACACAGAUAACUAUAACACAGACAACUACAACACAGACAACUACAACACAGACAAACACAGUACAGACAACUUCAACACAUACAGCAACAACACAGAAAACUACAACACAGACAACCAUGACACAGACAUCCAUAACACAAACAACUUCAACACAUACAGCCAUAACGAAGAAAACUACAACACAGACAACCACGCAACAGACAACCACAUCACAGACAACCAUGACACAGACAUCCAUAACACAAGCAACUUCAACACAUACAGCCACAACACAGAAAACUACAACACAGACAACCACGCAACAGACAACCACAUCACAGACAACCAUGACACAGACAACCAUAACAUAGACAACUACAACACAGACAACUACAACACAGACAACUACAACACAGAAAACUACAACACAGAUAACUACAACACAGAAAACUACAAUACAGACAAACACAGUACAGACAACUUCAACACAUACAGCCACAACACAGAAAACUACAAGACAGACAACCAUGCAACAGACAACCACAACAAAGACAUCCACAACACAGACAACCAUAACAUAGACAACUACAACACAGAAAAAUUACAACACAGACAACUACGCAACAGACAACCAUAA